UAUUGGGCUCGCUAAUCAACCGUCGUCGUCUCGAUCUUCCGGUUACUCCUCUAGAGCUGAAAGGAAGAAGCAGAGCUCCAAGGCCGCAAAAAUGGAGCAUUUUGGGGGAGGGAACUGGUCGAUGAUCCCCAACAUACAGUCCCACAGUAACCCAGCUACACCCUCCAAUCAGGACCAUCUAUUCCUCCAACAGCAGCAAUUCAAUCAACAACAACAGUUUCAACAACAAUUCAAUCAGCAGCAGCAGCAGCAGCCGCGUUUCCAGCAACAACCGCAGCAGCAGCAACAGCACCAGUCUCUCGCCUCUCACUUUCAGCUCCUCCAUUUGGUGGAGAACUUAGCUGAUGUAACUGAAAAUGGGACAAGGGAUCAGCAAACCGAUGCACUGGUUGGUGAGUUGAACUCACAGUUUGAGAAGUGCCAGCAGCUGUUGAACUCCAUUGCGGGGACGAUUAAAGCCAAAUCAACGCAGACUGUCGAGGGACAAAAGCAGAAGCUGGAGGAAACUGAGAACUUACUGGCUCAAAGAAGGGAGCUUAUUUCACGGUAUAGAAGUUCAGUUGAAGAGCUUAUCAACUCUCAAAUAUAAGUGCUUGUAAUCCUCGUUUUCGUGUAUUUUUGUUGUGUGAUUUCAGGGAGCUUAUUUCACGGUAUAGAAGUUCAGUUGAAGAGCUUAUCAACUCUCAAAUAUAAGUGCUUGUAAUCCUCGUUUUCGUGUAUUUCUCUUGUGGUAGCUUCUUCAGUGAUUAUGAGCUGCAUAUAUUGAGUGCCUGAGAAGUAGUUGAAUGGCAAAUUACUUAUCAUCUUUCUCUUGGCACUCGUAUUGUACUCAUUUGAUUAUAUGUGGCACAGCUUCUUACUUUCAUUUUUUACUCUGCAAGUUACUCUCAAAUUUUUUCCA